AUGGAAGGUCAUUUGGAGGUCGUCCAGUACCUCCUCUCAGUCUCUUCGAAUUGGGUUAGUCAGUUGGAAGCCCGAACUGACAUGGGCAAAACCCCGAAGCAACUGGCCAAACAGUUCCAGAGGGCUGGUGUGGUGGCGUUUCUUGAGCAUACAGAAUGGAAAAGAAGGCUGUCUACGAAAGAUGAAGUGGAUCUUAAGGUUCCCGGACACACAGCUGCUUUGAGUGGUGAUCAAAUGCGUUUGUGUAGUCUUGUCGCCUCUGGCGUCGUCAAUGUGAACGAAGUGGACGAGGAUGGGAAUACGCUUUUACACAAAGCAAUUGAGGGUAACCAAUCAGAGUGCAUUAUUUGGCUUCUUGAAAAUGGGGCUGGCGUGAAUAGAAGAAAUUGUUUAAAUGAAACUCCACUGGAUUUUGCUAAACGCCUAAAAAACGUCGGGGCCUCGAAGAUUCUUGCGACCUUUGAGGAAGAAGACAAAGCCAAAGUUGCAAAACAUGACCAUCAUCAAAUGGUGUCAGACAAAGAUAACCUUCUUCCCGACUGCCUACAACCUCCAGAUGAAAAUGCAUCACUUGGUAAAGACAGAGCUCUACAACGAAUAGUGCUCCUGGCAAAGUACCUUUACCGGGCCAAACUCGACUUUUUCCAAUUCGGUGGAAAGGAAAUAGAAUUAGAAAAAUGCGGGAUUAGCGAGGAAAAAUCGGUCAGAGAGUUGGCCAACGAGUUGGAAUACGAACGUGGCAUUCGUGAGGAAUUGGAAAUUGAACUGGAGCAAUGCCGUCAGCAGCUCCGAGAGGCGAAUUAUAAUUUGGAUACGUUGAGGAUGCAGAGGAGAAAGGAGCUUGCAUAA